AUGGAGUUUCCCAGGGAAGGACUAUCAAACAACAGACCACCAGCCCUAAUUCCCAGGGAAGGACUAUCAAACAACAGACCACCAGCCCUAAGUAGUACAAACUACUCUUAUUGGAAAGCUAGAAUGAAAAUCUACAUAUUAGCCCAUGGAGAAAGAGUGUGGAGGGCUAUUGAAAACGAAUGGAAACAUCCCCUUGAUGACAAUAACAAAGCAAAAGGUCGUGCUGAUUGGAGCGAAGAAGAACUCAAAGAGUUCAACUAUAACUCAAAAGCUAUGAAUGCCAUCUACGGAGCCGUGAGUGAAGAAACAUUCAAACUAAUCGCUGCCACAAAUGUAGCAAAAACAGCAUGUGAUAUAUUGUGUGAUCAUCAUGAAGGAAACUCGACAGUCAAACAAUCAAAACUACAAAUGGUCCAAACUCAGUUUGAAAAUCUGAAGAUGGAGGAAGAAGAAAAUAUCACACAAUUUAAUGGAAGAAUACUAGAAAUUGCUGGGGAAGCCUAUAACUUAAGAGAACCCAUUGCUGAAAACAUGUUAGUAAAAAAGGUGUUGCGAUCAUUACCAGAAAGAUUUAUGAUGAAAGUAACAGCUAUUCAAGAAAGCAUAGAUCUCAAUACCUGCAAGUUAAGUGAUCUAAUGGGAAACCUUAAAACAUAUGAGCUUGAGAUGCUGCAAAACAAAAAGCCUAAUCGCAAAGGAAUAGCCUUUCAAUCAAAACAAGACACCAACUCAGAUGAAGAUACUGAAAAAAUGGAAGAAUCCAUUGCUGUGUUGACAAAAAACUUCAACAGAGUUCUCAAGAAAUUUAACAAAUUCAGAAAUAAGAACAAGAGUUUCUCAAAUAAUCAAGGGAGUCCAUCAUUUGCACAAAACCAAUCCGUCAAUCCCAAAAAGGAAGGGAAUCCAAACCUAGAUGGAAUACAGUGCUAUGAAUGCAAGGGAUAUGGACAUAUUCAGUCAGAAUGUCCAAAUUACCUAAGAAGGAAGAACAAAACAUAUGUAACAACCUUGAGUGAUGACUCAGAUAGUGAAGAAGAAAACAACACAAAUUUUGUGGCAUUUUUCACAAAUCAUGAAGACGAUGAUGAAUCAAAGGAGGACAUGCAAGAUAUAUUAAACUCCUAUACACAGCUGCACGCCAAGUGGGAAGAAAUCAUCAAAGUAAACUUAAAUCUCAUGCAAGAAAAUCACUUCCUUAAAAGUGAAAAGGAAAAGAAAAUACUUCUUCACAAAGAAACCCAAGAAAAGUUAAUGAAAUCACUAGAAGAUGGAGACAAGUUGCUACAGGAAAUAAGAAGACUAACUGAAAGUGCAGUACAACCAGACUUAGCAACAAGGAAAGAUUCUGCAGUCGAAAACAGAGAAGUGUUACAACAUCACUUUCAACACCGUGGAAGAAUUAGAUGUUACUACUGUCACAAAUUGGGACACAUCAAGGCACACUGCUUCAAAAGACAAAAUGAUCUCCAUAACAGAAUCUGGGCAAAGCAAGAACAAAAACCAGCCCAAAAAGUCUGGGUCAGAAAAAAUCAAACACCAGUCACAGCUUAUACUUCAAAAAUCAGCAAAGAAACAAGUGUUUGGUACUUUGACAGUGGGUGUUCAAGACACAUGACCGGAAACCCAAACAAUCUAGAGGACGUCCAUUACAAAAAUGAAGGACAUGUAACCUUUGGAGAUGGAGAAAGGGGGCAAAUCAUUGCUAGCGGAACACUAAAUGUCCAUGGUCUACCCAGAUUGCCAAGAGUCUUCUUGGUACAAGGCUUAAAAGCAAACCUUAUCAGUAUAAGUCAGCUGUGUGAAGAUGAACUAAGGGUAGAAUUCUCAAAAGAAAAUUGCAAAGUGUACAACCAAGGACAUGAAUGCGUCAUGAUGGGAAAAAGGUCCUCGGAUAAAUGCUACAUAUGGGAUAGCCAUUUAACCUGCAACCAAGUCAAUAUCAAUCAAACACUUCUGUGGCAUCAAUGUAUGGGGCAUAUAAAUUUUUAUGAUAGGAAAAAGAGACUAAAAAGGGGAGCAUACCGAGGUAUUCCAAAACUGGACAUUGAUGAAAAUAGAAAAUAUGAUGCAUGUCUUGAAAACAAAAUGACAAGGAGUAGCCACAAAAGAACACCAAGAGUUCACACUUCAAGAAUUAUGGAACUUCUCCAUAUGGACCUCUUUGGACCCACUCAAACAGAAAGCAAAGUUGUUAGAACACCUGUUCCAACAACAUAG